AUGCGCUUCUCCUCCCUGAUCGCCCUUCUCGCCGGCACGGCACUUGCCCUUCCCACCGGCACACUUACCCCGCGGCAGGAAGAACAAGCCUGCCUGACCAAGGACGAAGCCGCCGAAAUAGUCGAGAUCUACCGGCGCCUGAUCGCCGAGUACGAUCCGACCGACUGCGAGAAGUACUGCGCGGAGGACUUCGUCGACCGCUCCGACAGCAUCAACACUUUUAUUCACAAGCCGCUGGGCGAGCCGACCUUUGCAACCAAGCAGAUCUUCAUGGACGCACAGCUGUCCAACCCGCCGUUCCCCGUCGUCAUCGACCACAUCGACGCCGUCGACUGCGAGGCCAUCGCCCUGCGCUGGCACGCCACCUUUGGCGCAGCCAACCUGCCUAGCCGCGGUAUCACGAUCAUUGGGACUACCAAGCGCGAGGGCUACUGGCAGAUUAAGAGCUUGGAUGUCGAGUUUAACAGCUUGAUUUGGCUGCUUAACAUGGGCGGUUCCUAUGUCUGGGAAGGUUAG